UCUCAAGCUUUCCUGCCAUACCAUCUCAACAGACAGCAGCCGGCAGUCACAGAGGCAGCUGGGACAUACCCACCCCUUUUCUUCAAGAGCCUUCUGGAUACCAAGAGAGGGGAACUUCAAUUACCUCCAAGAUGUUCAAAGGGGUGGGCAAAGGCUCGCCAAGCAGAAGCUCCCCAGCCAAAGGGUCCCCGAUCAAACCAACCAAGUCCGCAAGCAGCAAUGAGCUGGCUACGCUCAUCUCUCGCAUGCAAAGAAAUGCUGAUCAGGUGGAAAAGGAUGUUCUUGAAACGCAGGGUAAACUUAAGCAGGAUGCCAAUAACCACCAGCAGAACAAGUCUUUUGAGUUCCAGCAGGAGAAUAGCAAAAACCUGAAAGAGGCUGAAACUCUGCUGAAGGACCUCUUCCUAGAUGUGGAUAAAGUGAAGCGGAUGAAGCACCCUCAGGCCUUGGAAAUUGAAAAAGACAUCAAGCAGCUGCAUGACCGAGUGACCCACCAAUGUGCCGAAUAUCGAGAUCUCUAUGAAAGGUUUACGCUUCCUGAAGCUGGAUCAAAAGUAGAUUGGACAAACAUUCUCGAACAAAAGCAGAAACAAGUCAAUGCAGGGAAAUAUGGACCUACUAUGACAGAGCUGGAGAAGCAAAUAGCAGAGCACAACAUUCUCCAGAAGGAGAUAGAAGCAUACGGCCUCCAGAUCAAGAACCUCCAUAGUCCGGAAGCAGCAGAUUUAAGGAGCCGCUACAAGGAUUUGCUGAAAGACUCAAUCUGGCGGGGCCAGAGCUUGGGCAGCCUCUAUACGCACCUACAGGGUUGCACAAAGGAGCUGAGUUAUCUCACAGAGCAGCAGACCAAGAUCUUGAAGCAAGACUGGAGUGACCAAAUGAUUGAUCCCCAGUUGGUACGGCGUGAGUAUGAGGAUUUUAAGAAUAAUGAACUCCUUAACCAGGAAGAGUAUGUGAAUACACUCCAGGAUGAUGGAGAAAGGAUGAUUGAAUUGAAGCAUCCAGCAAUGAGCCCAAUCCAGGCUCAUCAGGAAGCCCUGAAGAAUGAGUGGCAGAAUUUUCUCAACUUAUGCAUCUGCCAGGAGAACCACUUGAAAAGCCUAGAGAACUAUAAAAAGUUCUAUGAUGAUGCUGAUGCUGUGAGCCAGUCACUAAACAAACUGAACCAUGAUCUUGAUACAAAAUAUAGCAAGUUCAACAAAGACAGCCCAGGAGUGGUCUCGGACUUAAACCGUCAGCUGGAGAAUGAUGAGAAGACUGUGAAGCAAGCUGAGAAGAGCAUUGCUGAACUGAAAAGGAGGAGUAAGGAGAUCAGUCCAUUGAAACUGCGCAGAGUCCUCCCCUCCCAGCCAAUUAAUAUGGAUGCCAUUUGUGAUUGGGAUUUGGGUGAUGUGCAGCUUGAGAGGGGUGAGAAGUAUACUUUGAGUGAUAAUAGCAACCAGGAGAACUGGGUGGUACAAAAUAGCAGAAGAGAAACUAAGGUAGCUCCUGCUGUUUGCUUCUCCAUCCCACCUCCAGAUCUUGAGGCCAUAGAUAGAGUUAAUAGGCUGGAAGGUGAACUGAACACAGUAAAGCAGAAGAGAGCUACAGUACAGAACACUCUAAGAAGCAGCCACAAGGAACCAGUUAAUUCCAGCCACCAGGCUCCAGUCAGAACUUCCACUGUGAUCCAGAAUGACUCCCAAGCUGACCAGUUACUCCAUAAACUGGAUAAAAUUGAUGGUGACUUAUGCCAGGUCAAAAAAGAGACUUUUAGCCGCAUGCGGUCCCCACUAAACCACAGUGACCCUAUAGAGGAUCUUACUCAAAGGAUCAAAGACCAGGAGGGAGCAACAAGGAGACUUCAAGGCAUAGGAGCAGAAAAGGAAACUGCCCGGAAGGAGUGUGAGGCCUACCUUUCCAAGAAGCCUGCUGGCACCUCUGCCUCUCAGCUUCCUGUAACGCUCAACAACAUCAAGAACAAAUACAAUGAUGUUAAGGUGCUCUCUAGGCUCUACGAUGAAAAAGCCAAAGCAGGCCUGAACCUUGAGAAUCAGAUAGAAAACACGGACAAAAUCAUCAGCACUUUUGAGGCCAAGUUAUCUCAUGAUGGCACCAUCCCAGCAUCACCCAAUGCACUGCAGGAUCGUGCCAAUGAACUUCAGAAACUGAAGCGAGAUUUAGUGAAACAGGAGGACUGCUUGCUGAAGCUAAACCGCAGCUUUAAGGAUGCAGAGCACUGCUGCAGUGCUGUACAGAACAAUUUCCAAGAGUACUGCCCUGAUCUGCCCAGGCAGAAGAAGGAUGUCCAGUUGCUUAAUGACCGAUAUCAUGCUGUUGCUGACCAGUUGGAUCACCGGGAGAAGACACUCCGGAACACCAGCCUCACCUACCAACAGUUCCAAAAUGCCAAUGAGAACCUGAUGUUCUGGCUCAACAAUCUGCCCAGGUACCAGGUCAAGACCACAGAUGGGCCCAGCCAGAUCAACUACAAGCUUCAGGCCCAGAAGAGGCUGGCCGAUGAAAUCCAGAGCAAAGAGUCUGACAAGAAUUCUGUGGUCAACGUGUCCCAGAAUGUACAGUCUGUCCUCAAUGAUUAUGAGCUUCAGGCAGGAAAAUAUCGGUCCUCUCUGGACCCUGCUUUGACUGCUUCCUCUGCCAAACGCCUCCGAGUGACCCCGCUUCAAGAGAGUAUCCAGGCUCAGGAAAAUGAUGUGACAAGGCUCUACACAGAAACAGCUGCUGAAAACAAACAGCAACUCCGUCGACUGGAAUUUGCCAAGAAAGUUAUGGAUAAGAAGGAAGUGAAUGAGGCAGUGCAGGUGAUGCAUGAGCAAACCCAGCAGUCUGAAAAUAGGUCACAGAGAGAAUCUGAAGCUCUGAAGUUACAGCUGGAAGAGGAACGGAGCAAGAAAGCCAGAGUUCAACAGGAGCUGGAAGAACAGAGAAACAAACUUCUAACGCUGAAAACCCAGCGACCCAUUGAAAGAGUGGAAGAGAAAGAAGUAAUGGAGUACUACAGAGAUCCAGCUCUGGAGAGUGACCUCUCUAAAAUAUCUCAUCAAAUUGAGGAUGAAAAGAAGAAGAGAAAGGGCCUACAGGCAGAUAUAGAGAUCAUGAACAAUAAUCUUCUCCACAUGGAGAAAGACAGGAAGGUGGUGAAAAGCCAGCUGCUUACAAAAGAAGUUACUAAGAUAGAGAAAGAUCCAAGCUUAGAUGCCCAAGCAGCCAGGCUCCAAGAGGAAAUCAGGCACCUUCGUGAGAAUUCAACUUCUUUCUCCGAACUUGAACGGCUCAGGAAAGAGCUACGAUUGCUUGAGCAGAUGCAACCAAACAUCCGAGAGAAAGUGGUAGUAAAAGAAGUGGUCAAGUUGGAGAAGGACCCCGAGAUGCUAAAAGCAGUCAGGACAUUGCAAAUGCAAAUUGAUGAAGACAGUUUCAAGAGGAAGUCUGUGGUAGAUACAAUAGGGAAACUGAAAAACAGGAUUGAAGAGCUUGAAAAGCUGAUUGAAAUGGCAGAACCAAAGGUCAUUGUGAAAGAGGUAAAGCAAGUGGAGCAAGACCCAGAACUUCUGAAGGAGAAUUCCAAGCUUCUAAUUCUCAUAGAUGAGGAGAGGAACAAGAACCUGUUGCUAGCAAGUGAAUUGACAGAGCUGCAGAGCAAAUACAGCAAUGUAGAGAAGCAAAAGCCUAAGGUGGAGAUUAAAGAAAGAGUCAAUGAGAUCUUUCAUCUUGACCCAGAAACAGAAGAGGAGAUAGCACGUUUGAAGAGAGAACUCCAAGAAACUUCAAGGAAAAGGACAAGGGUUGACCAGGAGGUGGAAACAGCCUUGACUGAACUGAAAGUUCUUCGGUCCCAAACACCAACAGUGGAAUUUAAAGAGGUCAUCCAAGAAGUGGUGAAAAUGGAAAAGAGCCCCGAGAUUUUGAGAGAAAUAGACAGGUUGAAGCAACAGCUGAAUGAUCUUGUGAAUACAAAUGGCAGGUCCCAAGAACAGUUGAUCAGGCUACAGGGAGAAAGGGAUGAGUGGAAAAGAGAAAGAUCCAAGGUUGAAACCAAGCUAGUUAACAAGGAAGUUGUCCGAUAUGAGAAUGAUCCUCUGUUAGAAAGAGAAGCUGAACGCCUCCGGCAAGAAGUACGUAAUACAUCACAAAAAAGAAGAGCCGAUGAAGAUACCAUCUAUGAUCUGCAGAAUAAGUACAUGCUUCUGGAGAGGAGAAAGCCUGAGGAGAAGGUGGUGGUCCAGGAAGUAAUUCUUACACAAAGAGACCCAAAGCUCAGAGAUGAGCACAGCAGACUGAGUAGGAGCUUGGAUGAUGAAGUUAGCAACCGCCGACGCUUGGAACGUGAGGUCCAACAGCUUCGGACAGCAGUGGAAGAGGAAGAGAAAAUGCUUGACUUCCAAGAAGACAGAAACAAAAGGCUGGCUUUGGAAAAAGAAAUGCGGCAGAUUACCUUGAGGAUAACGGAAAUUGAAGAAAGCCCAGCCCCUGUUCAAGAAAAAAUAAUCACAGAGGAAGUGGUCAAGUUGGAGAAAGAUCCAGUUCUUGAACAGUCCAGUACCAACCUGCGAAUUGAUCUGGAUAAUGAGAAGGCUCAAGUGUUGAACCUUCAGAGGGAGUGCAAGAAUCUUCAAGGCCAAAUUGAUGUUCUGCAAAAAACAAAGUCCCAGGAAAAAACCAUCUAUAAGGAAGUAAUCAGAGUAGAAAAGGAUAGGGUGCUAGAAAAUGAGCGAGCACGUCUCUGGGAUCUGCUAAGCAGAGAGCGGACUGCCCGGCAAAAUACAGAAGAAGGUAUCAGGCAUCUCAAGGAAACAAUUGAGAGAGCAGAAGGUAUGAAGAGAACAUGGUCCAGAGAAGAAGCUGAUCUCCAGAAAACUCGGAAUUUGACAGUGCAAGAAAAAGCCAAUCUUGAGGAUGAAUUAAGGGAACUGGAAAGGCAGAAACAACAGAAAAUCCUCUUCCUUAGAGAGCAGUCCAAGCUCUUUAGCCAAAGGAAUGAGAAUGACAGACAAAAGAAGAUGCAACUUGGUCAAGAGCUUUCUCGCCUUGAAUCAGACAUACUUACAGAGAAGGAUCAGAUUUAUGAAAAAGAGCGGAAUAUCCGGGAACUCCAAUCCAGAGUCAACAAGGAAGAAUUAAGCCACGAGACCCAGAUGAGAGAGACAAAUCUCUCCACCAAGAUCUCUAUUCUGGAUCCAGAGACAGGCAAGGAUAUGUCACCCUAUGAGGCCUACAAGAGAGGCAUGAUAGACAGGAGUCAGUAUAUCCAGCUGCAAGAAUUAGAAUGUGAUUGGGAGGAAAUCACAACUCUUGGACCCAAAGGGGAUCUUUCUGUCCUCCUUGACAAGAAGAGUGGAAAACAGUACUCCAUUGAUGAUGCCCUGCGGUUUAGAAGAAUUACAAAAGAAGAAUACCAGCUCUACAGGGAAGGCAAGAUCCCCAUCUCUGAGUUUGCUCUCUUGGUAGCAGGAGAAACUAAGCAAAAUUCAUCCCUCUCUAUUGGUUCAAUCAUCUCUAAGUCUCCCGUUACAUCCCCUGUCUUCCAACAAAAGCAGAGCUUCUUUCCCCCUAGCCCACAGGUGGCUUUCUGUGAUGAUACAUUUCCCAUUGCUGGAGUGUAUGACACCACCUCUGACAACAAGUACAACAUCAAAUUUGCACUUGGCAAGAAGCUGGUAGACCCAAUGACAGCUCAAAAGCUUCUAGAGGCCCAAGCGGCUACUGGAGGCAUUGUUGAUCUUAUCUCACGGGAUCGCUACUCUGUUCACAAAGCUAUUGAUAGAGGGCUGAUCGACAACACCUAUAUGCAGAGGCUGCUGAAUGCCCAGAAAGCUUUUACAGGGAUUGAAGAUCCUGUCACCAAGAGAAGGCUAUCGGUAGGGGAGGCAGUCCAGAAAGGGUGGAUGACCAAAGACAAUGCCUUUCCCUAUUUACAAGUCCAACACUUGACUGGAGGGCUAAUAGACCCCAAGAAAACUGGUCGUAUCCUAGUGUCAGAAGCUGCCCAGACAGGCAUGCUCAGCAGUGAUCUGGCCAUGAUGCUGCAAGAUGAAUCCAAUUAUGAAAAGGAUCUUGUUGACCCUAUCAGCAAAGAGAAGAUUAAUUACAAGGAAGCUAUGGCUCGUUGCCAGAAAGAUCCUCUAAGUGGCCUCCUUCUCCUCCCAGCCACUUCUGAUGGAUAUCAGUUAUAUCAAUCAGCAAACCGUUCACCCACCUUGCCCCGGUUCAGGCACUGAGAGAAGCACCAUAGUCUUCAAUUCCCUGAUCACCUCAGAUGCUUUAAAUCCUCAGCAGAGCUCAUACAUGGUCCAUAGAUGAACAGACUGCCUGGCAGUUAUAGAUGGCUGUGUGCUGUUCUAGAUAGCUAACCUUACUUCAUUUUACCAAGGUAGCAACACAUCUUAAAGAUGCAUUUCUGAAGGUAGAAGGGUUCUAAUGCAGGAGUAACUGUAUACUGUUGGGCAAUAAAGGGGAUGUUAAAAAUUAAACAAAUAUGCUUGGGGAACUCUGCCUUCAUGUCAAGUUGGAAAGGAUAUGUGUCAAAGUGCUUUGAGUUAGAUUGCUGUCAUGCAUGCAAUAAAAAAGUUAAAAUAUUUAAAAGACUCCAUUAGUUAUCUUUAGAAAUGGAGGCACUUCCUUUCACCCUAGGUGUGAAAAGCAGGAUCCCAGCCAUGAUUCAGUGUUGAAUAAACCACAAAGAAGCCAAGUUAAAGGACCCAAUAAGUGUACACUAUAAAAUUAUGGGGAUUCCAAAAAGAACAGUGCUAAAGGCCUACAUGGAGAUGCAUGGUUAAUGAAUGCAUAUGAUCAGAAAUCUAAUGGUCAGCCCAGAACAGAACUGUAGGCAAUAAAAGGCAAGCAAGACUUUACCAGGUAAGCAAGACUGCUAUUGCAGCAUUUCACAACUUCCAUAACCAUGAUGGCUAGAGCCUAAAUGACAGCCAGAUGCCUCAGAAUUCCAGAUGCAUUGCUGUACAGCAUGCAUUCAAAAAAUAAUAAUUAAAUGGCCUAAGUGUACACAUGAUUGUCCCAUCACAGCCUCUCUUAUCAAUAAGGAUGUUUUUGAACCAUCAGGUUUUAUUACAACAAGGUUAUCCAGCA